AUGCCGCGGGUUCAACCACACAAAUACAUCCAUCCAUCAUAUCGCCCAUCUGCAAGCACAUACACAGCACAAGACCUCCGCACAGGCUUCAGCCCGGCCUCGCAGUCCGUCUCAGUGGUGGCAAGAAACCCACCGGGGACCGAUAACAACUCCGAGAGCAGCUGGGAGACACCCGAAGAAAGUUUAACCCCAGGCAAUCCACAGGCAGCCGAGGGCAUUAUCACCGAGAGUGAUAUAUACUAUGCGCCAAUGCCCGUGGCAAGUCAACUCAGUGAAGGUGAUGACUCAGUUCUGAUGUUGGGCUCCAACCCACGAGGGACGAAGCGGGUCCAUAAGGCUGAUGCUGAUCUGGACGUCGACAAUUCCCGACAACACCGCCGCCUAACGACCAAAGAGGAAGUGGCGCUUUUCGAAAUCUGCAACCAGAAUGCAGACACCUUUGGCAGCCGUAGCAACCUGUGCAAGUGGUGGAUAUCUGUCGCUGAUGAGUUCAAGCGCACCCACGAUGGCCGUUCAUAUUCCUGGCAUUCAGUGCGCCGCAAGGUGGAAAUGGUUACGAGACAGCGUAUCAAAGCUCUUGAGGAUCAGAGGCAGCGUGGCUCAACUGCUAGUGAGAAUCUGAUGAAUCCGCAAUGGCGUGCUGUUGUCGAUGCUUGGGUUCCAACGUGGCAGCGGUGGGAGGAUGCUGAGAACCAUCGUAUUGCGAAACGCGACGAAGUUCGGAAGCGGAAGCAGCCACCACCCAGACCACAAAGCCAGGAUCAGAGUCAGAGUCAGAGUCAGAGCCAGGUUUUAAGGAGCGGAGAGCCAUGGCGGGUUCAGCUUGGGUCUGCUACCAGUCCGGCUGAUAUUGGUCCUACAAUGAUGGGCCACUCUGCUGCAAGUCUUGGAGACCCCCUUCCAGCGGCGAGCCCGACACUCUGCACCUCGAUCCCAACCACCUCACAACCUGGACCAUUCUCCGAACAAUCCCCCACACCACUACCAACGCCCUCUUCUCUCAGACUACCACCGGGCUUCGAGAACAUGUUCUCAACCCCUACAAUGCCUGCACCAUCCGCACCUUACCGCCCUACCUCUACAACAUCAAAAGCCCCAGAUGCCGACGGCGGCGAGAUAUUCAACGCUGCUGUCCAGACCCUAAACAGAUUACACAAUCACUUCGACGAAAAAGAUCUCGACGCACCGAGAAUCUCACCCAUUUUUCAGGCUGUAGCUAAAGCAACCUCUGAAAAAGCCAAAAGGAACCACUCUUCUCAGCCCCCAUUACCACGGCAGUCACAGUCGCAGUCAUCAUCAACCAGUCCUACUCCGAUUGAUAUCGAACAGAUGAAAGAGGAGCUUCGACAAGAGAUGAAGAUUGAAAUUCGCCGUGAACUAGAACGGGAUCGAGCUGCUCUGGAAGAGAAGUUGGAUUCUGUGCAGAGGACCCAAGAGAUGAUCCUUGAGAUGUUGAGACAGGAACCUUCUUGA